AUGUCAGUGCCAAAAGCGGUAACCCCGAGCUACACUCGGGCUUACCAUGCAGCGCUGCAUAGGGAGUACCUGCAGAGCUUACCUUGUCCUUCGCUCCCGCGAUGUGUCCCCUGCAGCAUCCCCGACCAUUUCCUCUGGCCGAUGCCAGCUUCUGUGUUCCGGUCCCUGUGAAGUCGGGACGUACGGGCGACGGCGGGAAAUUUGAAAAUUUUAAAAAAUGUCAUUUUUUUUCAAAACAAAUUUUUCAUAUGCUUUGUCCGGCGCCCUUCCUUGCAUUUUUUUCUGUUCUCCCU